CAACACCGGAAGUUGUUACAUAAUUCUGUGAAAUCAACGCGACCAUUUUUCUCUCUAGUAGUGAGAAAAUUUACUCCAAAUUCUCUAAAUUUACUCCUCAAAUUUAAGUGCUUUUUGGAAAAUAGUUUCUUUCAAAGAAUAUUAAAAAAAAGUAAAUAUGGAAGACAAUUCUAGAAAGAUGAAAUAUCCUUACACUUAUUCUGCAAAAAUAGCACAAUUCCCUUAUCAAUAUUAUUUCAAACACUCUUGGAUGAUUAGGUAUUGUUGUUAUGCAGCAAUUGUUGUUGCGCCAAUUAUUUAUCAAUUCCAAAAGAUGUCCUUCGCUCCUGCCAAUGUGAAGAAAUGGGAGGAAAUCGAUAGAAAAACAUAUGAGGGACAUUAAGUUAUUUAGAUCUCAAAUUACAGUCAAAAUUUUGGAGUAUUCUGAAAUUUUUUUUUGUUUUUUUUUAAUUUCUCUGUUGUUGUAAAUUGCAAAGUAUGAAUAAAAUGUAAUACAAUGUGAA